CAAUAGCUUUGUAAACAUUUUAAAAAAGGGUUAAGCAAAGGAGUUGUUUGAUUAAGAAUCCAAAGAAAAAUGAAUUGUUUUUCAUGUUUUUCUUCAGAAAAAAAGGCAGCUAAAAGGCAAAAUAGUUCCACCAAAAAUAAUCAGGCUGGUGAUAAUGCUACAACUGAAGCUUUUCUUCCCCAGCAACAUCCCCCUGAGAAUAUUCCUAAACCAAAGACCACAGCAACCGAACCUGCAAAGACUACUGCCGAUGGCACUAAAGACAAUGGUAACAAUAACAUCGCGGUGGAAACUUUCACCUUCCGUGAAUUGGCAGCCGCGACCCGAAACUUCAGAAAAGAAUGCUUGAUAGGGGAAGGUGGAUUCGGUCGAGUUUACAAGGGAAAACUUGAAAAAACUGGCCAGGUAGUAGCCGUAAAGCAGCUUGACAGGAAUGGAUUGCAAGGGAAUAGAGAAUUCCUUGUUGAGGUUUUGAUGCUAAGCUUGUUGCACCAUCCUAACCUAGUCAAUCUUAUCGGAUAUUGUUCCGAUGGUGAUCAGAGGCUUCUGGUUUACGAGUACAUGCCAUUGGGAUCUUUAGAUGAUCAUCUACUUGAUAUUAGCCCGAGUCAGAAGCCAUUAGACUGGUAUGCCAGAAUGAAAAUAGCACGAGGUGCUGCUAAAGGCUUGGAAUAUUUACAUGACAAGGCCAAUCCCCCGGUCAUCUACCGCGAUCUGAAAUCCGCCAACAUCUUGCUGGAUCAUGAGUACAAUGCCAAACUCUCUGAUUUUGGGUUAGCCAAACUCGGACCUCAAGGGGACAAAACACAUGUAUCUUCCAGGGUCAUGGGAACAUACGGAUAUUGUGCUCCGGAGUAUCAAAGAACAGGUCAGUUAACCGUGAAAUCCGAUGUUUACGGUUUCGGAGUCGUCUUGUUGGAGUUAAUCACUGGAAGGAGAGCCAUUGACACCACGAGGCCAAACAAUGAACAGAAUCUAGUUUCAUGGGCUCAACCAAUGUUCAAGGAACCAAGCAAGUUCUCGGAACUCGCUGAUCCACUCUUGGAAGGCAAUUUCCCCGCAAGAGGCUUGCAACAAGCCUUGGCAGUGGCGGCCAUGUGCCUGCAAGAGGAAGGUGAGGUGCGCCCCUUGAUUAGCGACGUGGUGACUGCUCUGAGUUGCCUCGGAAAUGAUCCAGAUGCCAACAUGAACGCCGCUGCUUACAAGGAAUCCGACGAUAAAGCAGGAUAUUCAUUUUCAGAGAGUGGAAGUUAUGGUGAAGAUAGCAGGGCAGAACGACAACGAGCUGUUGCGGAAGCCAUCGAGUGGGGUUCAAAUUCAGAACACAAUUCGGCGCAAACUCAUAGCGCAUCGCUGUAAAAUUUUCGCAGACAUUCAUACAAACACGAGGAGUGCAUAAUACUACUGUAAAAUACUAUUGUUUAAUUCUGCUGUUUUAUUUUAUACUGUAUUUUUG